UGUGCGUUGCCUGUGACGUGCGCCAUAAAGCGACGUAGGUGCACGGCACCUGUUUGCUUUCAAGGAGGUGUCACAAAAUCCGGGUGGAUGUCGUCGGUACGCUACAAAGCACACCGUGCUGCUGAUGACUUCUUUGAGCACCAGGAAGUGCCGGUGCGGCGAAUCUAUUGAGUGAGGCGUCGUCUUCACGUCUACCUCACGCGCUGAAGCUCAUUCAAGCAGUUUCUUCUCUUCUGGAGGAGGUGAGCCUCGGGCUCCCAGCUAAGCCUUAGCCAUGUUGGGUCAAACCCAGCCGACCUCCAGCACGCUGCAACUGGUCGCCAGCGACAUGAGCGGCAUCAUGGAGACGCUGGACGCCCGCGAGCUCGACACGGGCGACAGCAGCAGCACCGGCGGAUUCUCCACCAAUGAGCCCGGACAGCCAGGGGAGGGGCUGCCCUUCCUGGCGGUGUACAACACAGUGGGCUUCAAGGACUGCAAGUCGGCCUUCCUGCCCUAUCCCAUCACCGCCAAGAUCCUGGAGGUGGAACGCUUCACCUCAGCCCAGGACCGCUUCAACGUCAGCCAGCAGAGAAGUGUCAGCAAGUCCAUGCCGGCGGUCUACAAGAUUGAGAUGAUACACGGCGAGUUCAAGUGGUUGGUGAAGAAGAAGGAGAAGCACUUCCAGGAUCUUCACAGAGACUUGAAGACGUACAAGGCUGUCCUCAACCUGCCGCUGCCCACGCGCCAUCACACCAUCAGGAGGCGAACAGCCUCAGGGGAGGUUAGGGACAUCCCCAAUCUGCCCCGAGGAGGAGGAGAUGAGCUUGUCAGGGAGGAGCAAGUGUCAAGCCGCAAGAAACAACUGGAAGAUUACCUCAACAAGCUCCUCAUGAUGCCGACGUAUCGCAACUAUCACGGCAUGGUGGAGUUCAUUGAGGUCAGCCAGCUGUCAUUCAUCCACGAUUUGGGUCCGAAAGGCUUAGAAGGAAUGGUUCUGAAGCGGUCCGGCGGCCAUCGAAUCCCCGGACUCAACUGCUGUGGUCAGAGCAAGAUGUGUUACCGCUGGUCCAAACGGUGGCUCGUGGUGAAGGACUCAUUCCUGCUGUACAUGAAACCCGACUCGGGCGCCAUUUCCUUCGUGAUGUUGUUCGACAAGGAGUUCGACGUCAAGAUGGACUCCAAGGACACGGACACGCAGCACGGCGUGCGCGUCGACAGUCUGUCCAGGUCCCUCGUGCUCAAGUGCAGCAGCUACCGACACGCCCGUUGGUGGGGGCAGUCCAUCGAGGGCUUCGUGCGGAAGCACGGCGCCGCCUUCCUCACUGACCAUCGCUUCGGCUCCUUCGCUAGGCAGGAGGAGAACAUCCCUGCCAAAUGGUACGUGAAUGGGAAAUCAUACAUGGAAGAUGUGGCCAAUGCUCUCGAGGAGGCCAAAGAAGAAAUCUUCAUCACAGACUGGUGGUUGAGUCCAGAGAUCUUCUUGAAGAGGCCCAUCGUGGAGGGCAACCGCUGGCGUUUGGACCACCUGCUGCGACGUAAAGCGCAACAAGGUGUGCACAUCUACGUCAUGCUCUACAAGGAAGUGGAGCUGGCGCUGGGGAUCAACUCGGGAUACAGCAAGCAAACGCUACGCCACCUUCACCCCAGCAUCAAGGUGAUGCGUCACCCCGCUCACGUUUCGUCCGCCGUCUACCUGUGGGCUCAUCACGAGAAGAUCGUGGUCAUCGACCAAUCGGUGGCCUUCGUGGGCGGGAUCGACCUGGCGUAUGGUCGCUGGGACGACCGAGAACACCGACUCACCGACGUGGGGAGCGUCACCUUCUCGCAAACGGAGCAGGCCGAGGCGUCGUCCGCUAACUUAGCCGCCCAAGCUAACGGCAGCGGCGGCGGCUACGGGAACGCCGCCUUCUCGGCCGAUGACGUGGUGGUGCAGCCCAAGAUCAAAGGUCAGAGCAGAAUGAAGCGGGCCAGGAUGAGCUUCAAGCGCCACCUGCAGAAACAUGGACUGGCCCACGCCGACAGCGACGAUGAAAUUGACCCAGACUUGACAGUACUAGGGAGCGAGGCGCCGCCGAACCUGCAGUCGGCCCAGGACGAGCUGUGCGGAGACACGCGCUUCUGGCAUGGCAAAGAUUACUGCAACUUUGUGCACAAGGACUGGAUCGAACUGGACAAACCCUUUGACGAUUUCAUCGACCGUCACGUGACUCCCAGGAUGCCCUGGCACGACAUCUCGUCAGUGGUUCACGGCAAGGCGGCACGCGACGUGGCCAGACACUUCAUACAGCGAUGGAACUUCACCAAGAUCGUCAAGCCCAAAUAUCGUAUGCUAUCCUUCCCGUACCUCCUGCCCAAGUCGCACACCACCACCGGAUAUCAGCGCUACCAAGUCCCUGGAUGUAUCAACACCAAAGUUCAGAUCCUACGCUCGGCGUCUGACUGGUCAGCGGGCAUCAAGUACCACGAAGAGUCCAUCCACAACGCGUACGUGAAGGUCAUCGAGAACAGCCAGCAUUUCAUCUACAUCGAGAAUCAGUUCUUCAUCAGCUGCGCAGACAACAGACAUGUCUUCAACAAGAUCGGCGACGCCAUCGCCGAGCGAAUCAUCAAAGCGCACAGGGAAGGGCAAAAGUACCGCGUGUAUGUAGUCACGCCUCUGCUGCCAGGCUUUGAAGGAGACAUCAGCACCGGGGGAGGAAGUGCCAUCCAGGCCAUAAUGCACUUUAACUACAGGACCAUGAACAGAGGCGAGCACUCCAUCAUCUCACAGCUCAAAAGAGAAAUGGAUGACCAGUGGAUGAACUAUAUCUCCAUUGCCGGCUUGAGGACGCACGCCGAGCUGGAGGGCAAGCAGGUGACAGAGCUCAUCUACGUGCACAGCAAGAUGCUCAUCGCCGACGACAACACCGUCAUCAUCGGCUCGGCUAACAUCAACGACCGCAGCAUGCUGGGAAAGCGGGACAGCGAGGUGGCCGUCAUCGUGGAGGACUCGGAGAUGGUGCCUUCGGUCAUGGACGGGAUGGAGUAUCAGGCAGGAUGCUUCGCGCUGCAGCUUCGCAUCGAGUGCUUCAAAACGAUAUUGGGCGCGCACACCGACACCAGCAUCGAUGUGUCGGACCCAAUCAGCGAUCAUUUCUACAAGGAGGUCUGGAUGAGCAUAUGUGCUCGAAAUGCGACCAUCUACCAGAAGGUGUUCCGCUGUCUCCCGUCCAGCGACGUGCGCAACCUCCAGGAGCUUGAGAACUACCUGAGCAAGCCGGGGCUGGACCAGGAGGACACAGCCCGAGCUCAGGAGGAGCUCAAGAAGAUCCGGGGCUUUGUGGUGCAGUUUCCUCUGCAGUUCCUCUCCGAGCAGAACCUCCUACCUCCCAUUGGCUCCAAGGAGGCCAUGAUGCCCAUGGAGGUUUGGACCUGAGGCCUUUUUGGUGGGACUUGCAGGAACAUCACCUCACCCCCCCAUGGAUCCUCAUGAACUAGACUGACAACAGCAGAAGACACUAGCGUCUCCUCGGCCUCCUCGCAUGUUCCCAAAGUGCCAAACGUGCACCGACUGUUAAGCCGGCCCACAGGAAGUCGUCGGUCCUCUGGGAAAACAUUCCAGCUGUCGCCUUAACCCCGACGCGAUGCCUUCGUCACGGGAACCGUCCCACAUGCUGCACUGACUGGCUAAUGCCCUGCUAGCCCCACCCACAAGGAUGUCAUCCAAGCGCGGGUGAUGUCAUCAAUCUGUGACGAGCAUGUUUCCGGCUCUGUGGCUUUCGUGUUUGUGCUCAGCAUGUUUGUCAUAUGGAGUGAUCGCACCUUCUUCUCCUUUCUCUACUUCUCUAUCUCCUCCCCUUUGUACUCAUGUUCUCGUUCCUCCUCUUCCUUUUUUUUCCUCACCUUUCUUUUACCCUUCCUAUUCUCUUUGUCUUUCUCCUUGUCGCCAUUCUCCACCAUCUUCUACUCAUCUUCUUUCUCUUCUCCUUUUUCUCUUCCUCUUUUCCUCUUCGUCCUACCCCACUUCUCUUAAUUUUUCUGUUCCCAGCAAGUGAGCGUCGCUAUUGCCCUGCAUGUUGCGUGUGUGUGCGUGUCCUCCACCAAAUGCACUAUUUGCACAGACUCUUGGCAUGUUGCCGUCUUCUCACAUCGUUGUGUUGCGGUGGCGAGCAUCUGGACGUCACUUCGUGCUCCUUCGAAUAAACAAAUCUUGCACACACACAAAAUACUCUGA